GGGACUAAAGGAAAAAAGCCUCCUAUCAUUUCUAUUUUUCAGCCAAUACCCGGCCCCUGCGUCUUCUCCAUCUCCCAGCCCCAAAAUUUUCUCUCUCAAAACUCGCCAAUCAAGAACUCACAUAGUCAAACGGUCCGAAAGAUUGAUCCGAUUCUGCUUUAAUUUCUUUCUUUCUUUCUUGGACUCUUCCCCGAUCAUUACCAACCCAGUUCUCGAAUCUGCCAAAAUUUCACAGCUUUGGGUUCCAAUUUGUCCGAUCCAAUGACACCCAAGUUCGGGUGUUUUGUAUUUUUCUUGGUCUCAAUCUUUUGUGCCGUUGCCGAAUCCAAAUGUAGUAACGAAUGUGAUCUAGCUUUAGCUUCGUACUACGUCUCUGAGGGGUCAAAUCUCACGUACAUAGCUACACUUUUGCAAUCUAGUCUUAAUAUUGACCCCGACACUAUUGUGAGCUACAACAAGCAAAAGAUCUCCAGCAAAGACAGCAUCCAAAAGGAUAUUAGAAUCAAUGUUCCGUUCCCAUGUCACUGUGUCGAAGACUCGUUUCUGGGUUACGUGUUUAACUACUCGCUUCAACCCAAGGACACCUACGACAAGGUGGCACGGCAAUGGUAUGCCAACCUGACAACAAACGACACGUUGAUGAACUUUAAUCCCUAUGAGCCCAACAGGAUACCGGACGUUGGGAAGUUGAGCAUACCAGUGAACUGUUCGUGUGGUAACAGCGCGGUUUCGAAGAAAUUCGGGCUGUUUUCUACGUACCCGCUUCGGCCGGGUGACACUCUGGAAUCGGUUGCGGCGGAGACGGGUCUUAAUUCAAGUUACACAACCUUGCUGCAGAGUUACAACCCGGGUGUGAAUUUCAGCCAAGGGAGUGGCGUGGUGUAUAUCCCAGGCAAAGAUCAAAAUGGUACUUACCCACCUCUGCCAUCAAGCUCAAGCGGAUUAGCGGUCGGAGUUAUUGCUGGUGCAGCUAUUGGAGGAGUAGCUGGUGUGGUGUUAUUUGCCGCUUGUAUAUAUCUCGGAUGUUACCGAAAGAAGAUGGAGGUGGCAAAGUUGCUUUUGGCACCAUCUGAGGAUCUAUCUGAGCAUGGCCAUGGAAGUACCUUAAACAAGGAUAAGGAUUCAGCUAGUGCUGCUGGUGGUCCAGGUUCAGGUCUUACAGGCGUAACUGUGGACAAAUCAGUAGAGUUCUCAUAUGAAGAACUUGUUAUGGCUACUGAUAACUUCAGUUUUGCUAAUAAGAUUGGUCAAGGUGGCUUUGGGGCUGUUUAUUAUUCAGAGCUGAGAGGCGAGAAAGCUGCAAUCAAGAAGAUGGGCAUGCAAGCAUCCAGAGAAUUUCUUGCUGAAUUAAAUGUUUUAACGCGUGUUCAUCACUUGAACCUGGUGCGCUUGAUUGGAUAUUGCAUUGAGGAGUCUCUUUUCCUGGUCUAUGAAUAUAUUGAGAAUGGCAACUUAAGCCAGCAUUUGCGUGGUUCAUCAGGGAGGGACCCAUUGUCAUGGGCUACUAGGGUGCAAAUUGCCCUUGAUUCAGCCAGAGGUCUUGAAUAUAUCCAUGAGCAUACUGUUCCUGUCUAUAUUCAUCGUGAUAUUAAAUCGGCGAAUAUAUUGAUAGACAAGAACUUCCAUGGAAAGGUUGCAGAUUUUGGAUUAACUAAACUUACUGAAGGAAACACAUCACUCUCCACCCGCGGUCUUAUGGGAACAUUUGGAUACAUGCCACCUGAAUAUGCUCAGUAUGGAGAAGUUUCUCCCAAAGUAGAUGUAUUUGCUUUUGGGGUUGUCCUUUUCGAACUUAUUUCUGCGAAGGAAGCUGUGAUGAGGCCAAACAGCUCCACAAUUGAAUCUAAGGGCCUCGUCGCAUUAUUUGAGGAUGUUCUUAAUCAGCCCAAUUCUAUGGAAGACCUGCACAAACAAGUCGACCCUCGGCUUGGAGAUGACUACCCACUUGACUCAGUCCAGAAGGUGGCUAUGCUUGCGAAAGCAUGUACACAAGAGGAUCCGCAACUACGUCCAAGUAUGAGAGCUAUUGUGGUUGCCUUGAUGACGCUUUCAUCGACAACCGAGGAUUGGGAUGUCCGCGCCUUCUAUGAAAAUAAAAGUCUAGUCAAUCUCAUGUCGGGAAGGUAGAAACUAGACAGUGCAAUCGCACUUGCAUUACGGGAGCUUCAUUUUCAAUACUUAAUAGUUGAGAAGUACAGGAGAGUUUGUAAACUGUACAAAACUGAAAAACAAGCUCCUAUGUACAAAAGAGUUAGAAAAACUCAUUUGCACCUUAGUAAGGACACAAGUGUUAGUGAGAAAUACAUUGUAGUAAAAUAAAAAUUACAACAAAAUAGAAUUUGAAAUGA